AUGGACGACGAGCUUGAACAGAUCCGUAAGGCUCGCCUCGAGCAGCUCAAGUCUUCCGGCGGCGGAAAGGGCGGUGGCCAGCAGGCCGACCAAGAGCAGCAGAAGCGACAGCAACAAGCCGACGCACGUAGAUCGAUGUUGGACCAAAUCCUGCACCCGGAGGCGGCGGAUCGCCUCGGCCGUAUCCGCAUGGUGAAGGAGUCGCGAGCGACCGAGAUCGAGAAUCGCCUCCUCAUGUUGGCGCAGUCAGGGCAGCUCAGGCAAAAGGUGACCGAGGAGCAGCUCAAGGAACUCUUGAACGCUGUAGCAGAUAACAAGGAGGAGGAGAAGAUCGUGGUGAGCAGGAGGAAGGCGUGGGAUGACGAUGACGACCUUUGGACCUAUAAUUAG